AUGUUUCAACAAUUACAGGGCUUGUUACAGACCUCCUCCCAAAAUGAAAUGCUUGCAAGCAAAACAUUCCAUCAUGACGUUGCUUUGGAGAAGGACGAGGAAACAUUUCAAGAGUCCAACAACAAGUCUGAUGCGGAGUAUCAAGUCUUGUCAUCAUCAUUCAAGGAUUUACCUUUUGAAAUAAUCUAUGAAUGCAUUUCCUACUUGCAUGACAUUGAAAUUGUGUUUCGUAUCUCGAAUAUUUGUUCAGUAUGGAGAUAUGAAAUAGCUUGGCCGAUACUUCAUGCAAAAUGUUUGGUGUGGCUUUCAUCUGUGGAUUUUCCUCUACAAGAACAGCCAUGCACUCGGAAAAUUAUGAAUUUUGAAGAAUUAUUUCAAACAUCAGUAGGAAUGAAUUGUCUGCGAUUCAUGAUGAGAGAUUAUGUAGCACAAGCCGUACAUCUUCUAUUGAACAAAAAUGUUAUUGAAAUUGAGGAGAUGCGAACGUAUCAGUUGGAUUCAAACUCAUUGUCAUGUUUAUUACCCGAUUUGAAAUACUAUUUUUCGAAAUUUGCAACUCCUCCCAGUUUACUUCCAUUCAUCAAUAGGGAAGCCAUUGCACGAUCUUAUGCACCACUGAAAAAACCUGAAGAGAAAACAAGCUUUCUGAAACAAUUAUUGGUACCCAAAAAGAGAAAGACGUUGGGAGAUAUUCCAGUUCAAUACACCUUCAAGUCUCUGUUGUUUGGAAAGCAAAAACAAGGAAAACACAGUCUAUUCCAUGCAAUGAUGAGCAGAAAGGUCACAUCAGGUGCAAAUGAUCAACUACUUGAGUUUGGAGUUCGUUAUUUAAAGUUUGGAGAUGAAUUUUCCAUAAGAGGAGAAUUUUUCUCUGGGAUGCAUCAAACAAUGCUCUAUCACACAGCAAACCCUUUUCAAUCUUUGCAUAUUUUGUUUAUUUGUUUUGACGUUACUAAACGAAAGAGUUUUCAAGAAAUUGAAAAAGCCGUGUCACUAUUGAGGCAGUUCAAUAUGAGACAUGUCGAAGUUAUUGUAUUGGGAACAAAAUGUGAUUUAAAAGAUCAAGCUGCUGUGAAAAGACAAGAAGUGGAACAAGUCUUGAUUCAAUCCAAGCUAUUCGACGGAGCCUACUACAUUGAAACCAGUUGUCACGAUUUCAAGAGUGCAAACUUUGUGAUGUGGUAUGCAAAUAUGCUCACUUAUUGUAUUUAUCAAUUUACAUCAAGAAAACACAACAACUCUAUUUAUUCAGUAGCCGGAGCAGUUUCAGACUCUUCCUUAUCUUCAUAUUCAAAGUUUUCAGACUGA